AUGACUGCAGUAGAUAUAACUAGUAAUUAUUCGCUUUUUAUCUCAUUAUAUAUUCCAGCAAGGGAAGACGAAAGCUCGUCAAGACGGCGUCCACUCCUGAGGCUUCCUCUUGGAAGACACAGAACGCCCACUCCAAAAUUCCGCCAUCUAAUCUCAAAGUUUAAGUUCAUGUCGGCUAAGAAGGAGUUGCUGUUGGCCGUGCCACAGAAGUUGCAGCUGCUGAAAUCCGCCGGCGACCUGGUCCGUCUCAAUACCCGCAAUGAGCAUGCUCGUGAAUGUGCUGGUGAAAGCGAAGAAUAUCCAGAGUUGUAG